AUUCAAAAGGGCCAAGUUCGUGAAGUAUGAUUGCAUUUCAAACACUUCUUCUUGUACCAUGUUAUCUAUAUGUCGUUAUGGUAGGGGCAAUAAGGGUAGAAGAUAGGGUGGAGGAGACAUUAUUGUCGCCACCGGAAGGUAAUAUGACGUUUUUGGAUGGUACAAACUGGUGUGUGGCCUCACCUGGUGCAACCCAAUAUGAUCUACAAAGCGCAUUAGACUGGGCAUGUGGGUUAGGCAUGACCGAUUGUAGUCAGAUCCGGCCUGGAGGCCCAUGCUACCAACCUGACACACUGUUUUCCCAUGCCUCUUUCGCUUUUAAUAGCUACUACCAACAGAAUGGGAAUUCAGAUGUUGCUUGCAAUUUUGGAGGCAGUGCUACCUUGACCAAGAAUAAUCCAAGCUAUGGGAAAUGCGUUUACGCUGCAUCUGGGCCAGCAAAAUCUGGAGGGGGAUUGGUAUGGAGGUUGAAUUGGUGGAAAAGUGGUGGGAUUUUAUUGCUUUUGUAUAUGGGAAGUUAACAAUGCAUUAAAAGGUAGGAUUGAGUUAUGGUGUCUUUGAUCUUGUUUUAGAAAUCUUAUUAUAUGUAAUUUUUGUUAGAUACUUUUGAAGCAAAUCAACUUUUAUUUUCGGGUUUCGAGUAUUAAUAAGGUUUAUGUUUCAGAUUUGAUGGUGUUAGUUUUCAUUCUUGGCGUUCGUGUUAUUUGAAGCAUUGAAAA